CUCUCUCUCUCUCUCUCUCUCUCAGCCCAUCUUCCUCCGCGCUCGCUCCGCCGUUCGCCGCCGUUCGCCGCCGCCCGGAGCCGGCUCCGAUGUCGAGGUUCGAGUACCCGCGGCUCACCCGGUCGGAGAUCCUCUCGUUCCUCGUCGAUUCCCAGAUCUUCAGCAACGUCACCGCGCACCACCUCGCCGAUCCGACCCCGGACUUCGUCACCGACCUCUACACGCAGCUCCUGAUCUACCUCGAUUCCUUCCAAGAGGAAGAUGGGCAAAUGGAGUUCGCGGCGCUCGAGCAGCUCGAGAACCCGGACUUCCACGUGGAGAUGGUGCCGCGGAUGAACCUGUACAGCAGGGUCAAGGAGGUCGUGGCCUCGCUGCAUUGUCCCACGCAGUUCACCGUGAAAGAUCUGCUCAAGCCCAAUGCGGAACGGACCGAGAUUUUCGUCAGUGCCAUUCUAAAUUUCUGUUUUCACAAAGACAACAAAAUGAAUCUGUUAAAACCUAUAGUGGAAGAACUGAACCUCCUUGAUGAGCAACAGAAGGAAUGGGAGGCUAAGUUAUCACAGUUGAAUGCAGAGAUUGCAGAGUAUAAUGAAGCCAGAGAGAGGGAAUUACCUCUUGUACAAGAGGUAGAUAGAGAACUGAAAGAACUGCGCCAGACAAUAUCAGAACUUAACAAUCAUCAGAUGUCUUUGAGAACUACCUAUCGGAAGCUAAAGGAUAUGACUAUAGAAAUGGAUGCUAAGAUCUUUAAUGCAGAGCGUGAGCUUGUGCAAAGCGUUCAAGCCAAUGCAGAAUUACGCUCGAAAAUAGUCCAGUCACCCGAUAAACUUCAGGGGUCUCUGGAAGAGAAAAAAUUAGUUCGUGAAGAGGCAAAAAAUGCUGAAAACUUAGCAAAGCAAUCUUUUGAGGACAAGAAUGCUGUUAUGGAUGUUUUCACAAAGGUGUCAAAAAAAUUGUCCAAGCACUUAAUGGUGAUGCAAAAGAUACAGGAACAGGUUAACUCUGCCAAAGCUAUUGAUAGAGAUUUCAAAGCACUAAAGUCUAAGCUAAGUGAUGAUGGAAUCUUGGAUAAAUCACAUGAUGCCAACCUAAUUGAGCUGCAGGGAAGAGAGGAACAAUUGGAUCAACUGAGAAAGCAGGUAGAAAAGGAAAGUCAUACCAAAUGUGAGGAAGCUACAAGAGAAUUCAAUAACGUGAAAAUGGAAAUAAAAUCUAGGAAACAUGAAUUGGAGGAAAGACAAAGGAAGGUCGAGAGUGUGGUGGGAGAGGUUGAUUCCAUUACCUCAAGUACCAAUUCAAUAAGAGAAUCCUGUGCAGCUGAACAACAAGAGCUAUUGCGUAGAUGCGAAGAUAUUAUGAAAGAGUUUCACCAAUAUUCGCACUCUAUUGGAGCCGUUCUUCCAGUAGCCUAAGUGUAGAUGUGGAGAUCAAAGAGGAGUCGUGUGGUUAUGCACCCAAAGAAUGGCAACAUUUCUUCGGUACAACUAGCCUGUUGGCUUAGAACUUGCAUGAACACAAUGCUUUACUCUCCCUUGAGUUUCAUCUACGUACGUAUUUACUUUUUCUAUCUUAAGAUUGUGAUGGUUCUGAUGUAAGUAAAAUCUACCACUGAUCAUGUUCAUUGGAACUACGACUGUGGAAAGACUGCAAAUCUUUCAUUUCAUCCAUAUAUCCACUUUAUUGAGCGAAACUAAAUACAUUAAGUAUGUUUUUUCCCCCA